AAUUUAAAUUAUAAAAUUAAGUAUUAAAAAGUUAAUUAAUUUUAAGAAUUAAAAGUGAAGAAAAAAAUGGAUUAAUAGAACAUAAUUUACACUUCCCCGAACAGCUUUGCAGAAUCUGACUUAUCUCAUCAGACUCAUUUUGAUUUACGAUUUUAUUAAUGGGAUAAUUAUAGGGAGCCUUAAUUUAUUAGCUUGCUUUGUACUAGUUUAAGAAAAUGUGAGAAAAUUUAAUCUUUGGAUUUAGAUCUCGAAAAAUUUCCAUUUAAAGUUAAGCAAUUUGUUGCUUUAUGUGAAGUAUUAAGUGUCUUGAAAACCUUAUAAAGUAUCAAACUUAACUUUGGAUAUUGCAAAUUUUAAGAUGUAGAGGAAUUGAUUACAUUAGGAGCUGCUUUCAAGAAACUAACAAACCUAACUUGUUUAAAAUUUCACUUUUAAUAAUGUGAAAUAAAUGAUACACUAACUAUAAGUAUUGUUAAUGGUUUAGGCCAUUUAGAAAAACUAAAAUAUUUAGAAGUUGGACUAUGGAUGAAUUAAAUAGCAUAAGAGGGAGCAACUGAUUUAGGAAUUCAAUUAAGUUGUUUAAAAAACCUAACCAAUUUGAUAUUAUACUUAGGUGGAAAUUAAAUUAAAGAUUAAGGAGCUGUAGCAAUUAGUAAAGGAAUAUCUGAAUUAAAAAAUUUAACUGAUCUUAUAUUAAUGCUAUGGACCAACGGCAUAGGUAAUGAUGGAGCUUCUGCUUUAGGCAAAGCACUCAAUAACUUUAAAAAUCUAAAAUGCUUAGAGUUAAACUUAGAAGAUAAUUUGAUUGGAGAUGAAGGAGGAAAUAAUAUUUUAGAUGUCUUGAGCACCUGUUAAAAUCUCAGUAGUUUAUCAUUUUCGUUAAAGUAAAACGAAACAUCUGAUUAAUUUAAUUUGAAUGUAUCUAAAUGCAUUUGCAGUAUCAAUAAAUUAUUAAGCUUAGAAAUAAGAAUAACAGAAAAUUGCAACUAUUUUAAAUUUAAAGGUUUACUUAAUUGUAAUCAUUUAUAAAAUCUUAAAAUAGAAAUUGAAGAAACUUCUUAUGAAUUCGAAUAAAUAGUUAAAAAAGCAGCUUUAAAAUUAAAAAGAUUAAUUUAUUUAGAAAUUGUUAACUUAUAAUUUAUGGAAGGUGGGUGA